AUGCCUGGAAACCCGGUGAUAAACGACAUUUUAAAGGAGACUAGAAAGCAGAAUACGGUGGCUGUGAACCAGACACUUCAGCUGUUGUUCAACAACGAGUACCUCGGCCUCAUCGCGUAUGCUCAGUGUAUCACCCCGAUGAUUUAUAUGGCCUAUACAUGUACAAUGGUCAUGCAAGGGAUGCCCAACCGCGAAUUUUACUUGAACGGACACGAUCUGGAGGACCUGGAAGGACUUGCCCAGCGAUUCAGUGUCAUUGCGGCAUUUGUGGUACUUCAGACGACGAUUUUGAUAGGUCUACACCUCUUUGUUAAUGUUCGUUUCGGGGUUUCUACACUAUACCAAGCAAAAUCGCCACGUGGCUCCUGUUUGCAGUGA